AUGCAGUCCAUAGAGUAUGAAGCCCUCCUUUCGCUCUCCCAUGAGUCCGAAAACCUCGACUCUACUGACUCUACGGCUCAGUUGUUCAGUAUCCUACCUUAUCUCUUCAAUAACAAUAUUGAAGGCAUGGAGGGAGUUGAAUGCAUCUUUUCAAGAUCACCAGAGGACGCCCGGGAACCUAAGGGCCGCAUCCCCUAUGUCGAAAAGCACGCCGGCCAGCCCAUGAGACGACGCUUCCGCCCCGAGUUAGAAAGCGAAAUGGGCAUCGAGCGAUCCAGGGGUUCCAAACUUACUUUAUACGAUUCUGACUACUUGGAGAACACGAGUCUUUCACAGUACCCGGUAUCCUCCAUUGAAGUGGUCUCAGAGGAAUACGUGUCGGGCAUGUCAUGGUCUCAAAAGAAAAAUUGUACCUCUGAUCCCACAUGCAAGGAAACCUUCCGCGAUUUACGUCGCAGAGGAUUAAACGACCGCGGCGCCAGAGAUCGACUUUCAUCAUGCAGUCCAACGUUUUCUGGUCACCCACGGACAGAGAACUCUCCUUCGCCAAACGCUGGCCAGGAAAUGACCUCAAAAUCGCUGCGGAAAAAGCCAAAAUUUGUCAUAGCCAGGGAGCUUUACUCUCAGCGUGAAGCCAGGGCUGAUACGCCGCACAUCAGUGAGACGACACCAUACGAUCAUACUGACGGUUGUCCUGAGGCAUGCGAUUACGAAGAUUGUCAGACGUUGGAGCCUUCGUCGCGCCCAAGUUCUACGUCCGAACCGGGUGGCAACCGCAUAUGA